AUGCCCAGUAUGCAUCAGUUUAAUAUUAAGGAAAACACUCCAGCUGGCGCUUUGCUUGGUCAACUUGUAGUUCAGCACCAAAAAUCAUUUACAAGUCUUGCAGAAAAGCCGCUUUCUGAAUUCAUUUUCAUUCAUCCCACAAACGGGAGCAUUCUUGCCAUUCAAACGAUUGAUAGGGAGGCUAUCUGCCAAAACGAUGGAACGGCAAACACAACCCUUGAUUCGCAUCAUUUCGAAAGUCCAAGCUGUAACGUUGCUCUUUUGGUUCAUAUAACCACAGCUGAAGAGAGCUUUCUAGAAACAAUUCACCUAGUAAUUAUCGACAUGAAUGACAAUCCUCCGGUUUUCGAACCAUCUUCUUUCACUAUAUCAAUAUCGGAAUCCUCCCCAAUUGGAAGUUUAUUUUAUCUGCCCCCUGCACAGGAUGCGGACCUUGGGAAAAAUGGAAUUAGUAGCUACCACCUCAGCCGUAUACCCUCUGACUCUAGCCCACAAGCAUGCCCCUCAUAUACACCCAAUGAGGAUGGAUUUUUCGCUUUAUCCGUAACAGACGAACAAUUACCCCAAUUGAUGCAAAUUAGUGGACUUGACUAUGAGAAAUUUCAAAAUCUCUUCUACUGUCUUCAUGCCUAUGAUGGAGAGGGACUAACAAGUGGACUGCUGGUGAUCAUUGAGGUUCAGGAUGUAAAUGACAAUAGUCCCCAAUGGGUUGGUCUACCAUACCACGUCCACAUGCCCGAAUGUGCCCAGCAACAUCAGCAAUCGUUGUGGAAAACAAGUGCUGAAUUACGUUCUUUUCUACGCCUGAGUGGCUUUGCAUAUGACACACCGUUUCGAUUUCUUAUUCAGUUGGCCGCUGUUGAUGCAGAUAGCAAAGAAAAUGGAAUAAUAACGUUCAAAAUCGCACAAAGGAAGGCUGAUGUACAAGCAAGUUACAAAGUAGUAGUGCAUGGAGACAAGGUAUACGUUAUAGGGCAGUUAGAUUAUGAGACCACACCCAAAUUUUCCAUACCUGUUGAGGCGAAAGAUGGAGGUGGUUUAACUAACGUAACAAAUAUUGAUGUUACUCUUGAGGAUUGUAACGAUAACACACCUAAAAUAACUGUUACAUCUCUAAGUCCAUUUCCUAAGGGGAACCUUUCUGAUUGGAGCUCUUAUAAACCCACUGAUAUCUGGAUCACCGAAGAAGAUGAGAGAGAAUUCAAACUCGCCACUAUAACAGUUUCCGAUGAUGAUACAGGAGAAAAUGCAGCCGUGAGUUGUGACAUAGAAUGGAAUAAUCUGGUUUGUACCAAUCCUUUUAGUCUUAUCGCCUUGAAAACAUCCAAUGCGGCUAUCAAAGUGCCCACAGUAUUUGUGCUCCUCAAAAGGGUUGGUAUCAAGUUAGAUCGUGAACUAAUUUCAAGAGUACAAGUGACCGUAAUAUGUGCCGAUCGUGGCCAUCCGCAGGCCAACAUAGCUCGUAAAACGGUUGAGAUUGGAGUGUUGGACAUUAAUGACAAUGCACCAAAAUUUCAACAUAGAGGAGGGAUUGGUGUGCAAGAAAAUGAACCUGAUGGCGCUGUUGCGGGCUAUAUUUACGCAAAUGAUAUAGAUUUUGGAAGGAACGCUGUCUUGAAGUAUUUCAUUAAGAAUUGCAAGCACCACAACUCGACCUUAUCGUUCACCAUCGACGAGCGCACAGGAAAAAUCUCGACGCUACGUUCGCUUGACAGGGAGGAGAAGGCUGUUCAUUGUGUGACAGUUGAAGCCGUGGACGAAGGUGACCCACGGCUUAGUUCUUCAGUUAAUAUAAAUAUUACCGUAUUGGAUGUCAAUGAUUCCCCACCAAUGUUUCAAGGAAACAAGAAUGAAUCAGGAAGAAUUAUAUUUGAAAUUCCUGAGUCCUUCGAUCAGGAGCGUCUAAUCGAGCGUUUUCUUGGUCUAGUGAAUGCCACAGAUGAGGACAGUGGAGCAAAUGGCACCCUUGAGUUUUCAAUUAAACAUACACCGGGUUCAUUUUGGCGUAGUAAUUCACCUGCGUACUUUCGCAUAACCCGCAAGGGUCACCUUUAUGUAGAUGGUGUGUUGGAUCGGGAGAAACAACAUGAAUAUGAAUUUACUGUGGUCGUAUCGGAUACAGGACCUUUUCAUCAGCGUCUGACAUCCGAAAUUGGCGUCACUGUUCGUUUGCUCGACCAAAAUGAUAAUGGCCCCAUAUUUACUGAACCUGCCACCCUUUCCCAAGGUCCACAUGCUGGACCUGCCACGUUAAACACCACUCAUGAUGUGACUGUCAACUCUUCCAUACUGAGAGUGUGUGCCAAAGAUAAUGAUUUGAAGGAAAAUGGCAAACUGAACUUCACCCUACGAUGCGCGAAAUACCUGAGGCCAUACUUCCGUAUUGGAACUGUAGAAGAGGUUGAAGACACUGAAAAAUGCAUGAGUUUAAUUGUGGCAAAGCCUUUAACUGAGAUGUUCCAAGGAAUUGAUUUGAAGCAUACCAGAAUGCGGACGGAACACCAGAUCUAUGUGACGGUCAUGGAUAUGGGGUUUCAACAAUUUAGCAAGACGGCGAGAAUAAGGCUAUUUAUUAAUGACAAUUCUUCAUUAAAUUCUCCUCCAAUAAUCAGUAGACAUUCGAAUCAAAAUAAAGGUAGGGAUGUAGUAGCGAAACAUGUCUUAAAUCACCAUGCAGAAAGUGCGAAAAAAAGUCAACUUGCCAUGGACCAGAUUAUGUCACUAAAUAAAACGGUGCAUUCCAAAGUGGCAUCAGACUCAACAGCUUUUUUGGGGCAUGCAAAAGCAAAAUACCUGUUCAUCGUAGCCAUCGUGAUUUUUGCCCUAUUCAUUCUUGUUUUUGGACUACUGGCGUUUCUCUUCGUCCGAGACUUUACGUUUAAACGGCAAACGGUACGGCACACAACUUCCGAGGACAGAGGAACUAAUUCGCACCGCUAUUCAGCAUGUCAAGCCGUUCCAAUCGUCUAUGCAGCAGACUAUCCUCAGGGUAAGUGUUUCGUACAACUAAUUGCACUUUCUUAG